AUGAACAAAUAUUUAGUUUUAUUCUUUGCAACCUUAUGCUUGGUUGGUAAAGUUUUAUCAUGCGAAAAUGGAAUGAACCCAUAUUACUCAACACCAGAACAAGUACCAGUACCACUAACAGCUGUUACAGGAGAUGAAUUAUCAUAUCACCAAGGUUAUAUGCAACAAGUUAUUGAUUUUGCAAAAGAAAAGGGAGCAUUAUUUGUAGCAUCAAUCGUUCAUAAGAAUGGUACACAAAUUGUUAUCGAUAUGAAUUUAGGAAGACAAAUGAAAGAUUUAACACAACAUGCAGAGAUUGUUGUAAUUCAAAAGGCAAAUGCAUUAUAUGGUAUUAGCAAUUUCUCAGAUUAUACACUUUACACAACUGGUGAAUCAUGUUUAAUGUGUCAAGGUGCAAUUCUUUAUUCAGGAUUUUCAAAGGUUGUUUAUGGUACAUCAAUUAAAACACUCUAUUGUGAUAAAUGCAUGAGUCAAGUUCCAAUCGAUUCAACUUUCCUCACUGCCUAUGGUUAUGGUUUAGGUGAUGGUUGGAAUAGACCAACUAUCAUUGGUGGAGUAUUAAGCAACAUUACCGAUAAUCAAGUUUUCAAAAACUAUUGUAAUAUGACAACUUCAAUCUUUAAAGUUCAUCCACUUUGUGUUGAUCCAAAUAAUUCUUCUUCAUCUUUAACUUUUAGUUUUUUAACUUUAUUAAUUUUAAUCACUUAUUUAUUCAUUUAA